UCGUCCCCGGCCUUCUCCUUUCUCUCCAUCUUAAACCUUUCCCUCCCCACUGCAUUUCGUCCAUCAGACCUCUCCACUUGCACCCACACUCUCCAUCCAUCCUUCUUCCUCUUCUUCUUCCCUUCCAGCAAACUUCCACCAUGGAUUCCGAGACUCCUUCAGCUGCCAACCCCACCCCUGGCGGCACCCUCUCUACCCCCAAUGCCACCACACCCUGGCUGGGCCGGGAUGAAGAGCUGGCCAAGGUGGAGAUCGGAGUCCUGGCCACUGUCCUGGUGCUGGCGACAGGGGGCAACCUGACUGUGCUGCUGAUGCUGGGGUGGCUGGGCCGCAAGCUCUCCCGCAUGCACCUGUUUGUGCUGCACCUGGCCCUCACUGACCUGGGGGUGGCACUCUUCCAGGUGCUGCCCCAGCUGCUAUGGGACAUCACCUACCGCUUCCAGGGCCCCGACCUCCUCUGCCGGGCCAUCAAGUACCUGCAGGUGCUUAGCAUGUUUGCCUCCACCUACAUGCUGCUGGCCAUGACGCUGGACCGCUACCUGGCUGUUUGUCACCCACUGCGCAGCCUCCAGCAGCCCAGCCAGUCCGCCUACCCACUCAUCGCUGCUCCUUGGCUGCUAGCCGCCAUCCUCAGCCUCCCGCAAAUCUUCAUAUUUUCUUUGCGGGAGGUAAUCCAGGGCUCAGGGGUGCUGGACUGCUGGGCAGACUUCCGCUUCCCUUGGGGGCCACGGGCCUACAUCACCUGGACCACCCUGGCCAUCUUCAUCCUGCCUGUGGCCAUGCUCACCACCUGCUACAGCCUCAUCUGCCACGAGAUCUGUAAGAACCUAAAAGUCAAGACGCAGGCCUGGAGGGUAGAAGAAGGGGGCUGCAGGACUUGGGACAGGCCUUCACCUUCUGCCCCAGCUGCGGCCAUGCGGGGGCUGCCAUCCCGGGUCAGCAGCAUCAGCACCAUCUCGAGAGCCAAGAUCCGAACCGUGAAGAUGACCUUCAUCAUUGUGCUGGCCUACAUCGCCUGCUGGGCACCAUUCUUCAGCGUCCAGAUGUGGUCUGUGUGGGACGAGAAUGCCCCUGAUGAAGAUUCAACCAGUGUGGCUUUCACCAUCACCAUGCUUUUGGGCAACCUCAGCAGCUGCUGCAACCCCUGGAUCUACGUGGGCUUCAACAGCCACCUGUGGCCACGCCCGCUGCGUCGUCUAGCCUGCCGUGGGGGCCCCCAGCCCCGGAUGCGCAGGCAGCUCUCCAACGGCAGCCUCUCGAGUCGCCGCACCACGCUGCUGACCCGCUCCGGCGGCCCGCCCACCCUCAGCCUCAGCCCCAGACUCCGUGGAAGGCCUGGGCCGGAAGAGUCACUGAAGGGGUCAGAGCAGGUGGACAGGGAAGCCACCACUGAGACCGGCAUCUGUUAGGGCACACUCCCUGAGGCUGGUGCAGCCCGCGGGGCUAGCGGAGGGUCUCUG